GGCUGUGGGUGGGGGAGGGGAUGGACCAAGUCCCGAGUUGUCCCGAUGGGGGUUCGGGAAGGUUUAGAAACUAAGAUUCUAUUCCCUGGCUCUGCACCGGGUUCCCUAACCCCCUCUCCGUUGGUUCUCACACCUCCGGGCUUGAGACUGAAAGAGCAUCCCGGGAAGGGGCAUUCCAGCCCUGAAGCAGCCUAUUCGGAGACCCCCAAAUUCUGAUCUUGAAGUUGGAGGCCCCGGGGGAAGUUCAUUUCUAACCUUUUAGAAGAGUUAGAGGGUUUGAGGCUGCCUGAUCCCAGCCGAGUGUGUGGGGCGCCAAGGCUCAGGCAGCAUGACGACGGAGACCUUCGUGAAGGAUAUCAAGCCCGGGCUCAAGAAUCUGAACCUCAUCUUCAUUGUGCUGGAGACAGGCCGAGUGACCAAGACAAAGGACGGUCACGAAGUUCGGACCUGCAAAGUGGCAGACAAAACGGGCAGCAUCAAUAUCUCUGUCUGGGACGAUGUGGGCAACCUGAUCCAGCCUGGGGACAUUAUCCGGCUCACCAAAGGGUAUGCUUCAGUGUUCAAAGGUUGUCUGACAUUGUACACUGGCCGUGGGGGUGAUCUUCAGAAGAUUGGAGAAUUCUGUAUGGUUUAUUCUGAGGUUCCUAACUUCAGUGAACCAAACCCAGAGUACAGUGCCCAACAGGCACCCAACAAGACGGUACAGAACGAGAGCAGCCCUACAGCUCCCCAGCCUACCACCGGACCACCUGCUGCUUCUCCAGCCUCUGAGAGCCAGAACGGGAAUGGACUGAGUGCCCCACCAGGUCCUGGUGGUGGCCCUCAUCCCCCUCACACUCCUUCCCACCCCACCAGCACCCGAAUUACCCGAAGCCAACCCAACCACACACCUGCUGGCCCUCCUGGCCCUUCCAACAACCCUGUCAGUAACGGCAAAGAAACCCGGAGGAGCAGCAAGAGAUAGCAAGACUUUCUUCCUCCUUUCCUACCACUGACCAUAACCCAAGUGUCUGCUAGAGAACACAGCCUUCUCCCGGGCUGCUGGCUUGGGGGUGGGAAGGGGUAUUUUAGCCACUAAACUUCACUGAAGAGGUGGUGAGAAGUGGCUUUAUCCCCCCUAAGCCCAUACUCACCCCUUUGUCCAGCUGAAGCUGCCUGUGACCUCUUUAGAAAUGAGUUAUGGUCUGUUUCUUGUACAUGUUUGAUGUGGAAAUCUAAUUGAAUCCCUUCUUCCCAAUAAAUGUUACCACUCUGUA